AUGCCGCCACGUGUACGAGGCAAGGGAAAGGGUCCAAUGAGAGGAGGACCAUCAGGACAUGCGGGACCCUCUCACAGACGCACUCCGUCUGCGACAUUUUCUAGCUCGGAUUUGCGUGACCAUUGGGGUCAUUUGUUUGAACCCGCGAGACACUCGGUCUCGUUGAGUUCAUCACCCUCGUUUCAUCCAUUAUUUGGGUCGCCUAUACCAGAUGAGCCCCAGCAUUCCCAUCACUCACAAGAUUCACACCAUUCUCACCAUUCGCACCAAUCUUACCAUUCUUUGCACUCCCAUUCUUUCCAUCACUCUGAUUCCACUUAUUCUCCAGCCCAGUUCAACCCUAAUAACUAUGUCAAUGAUUUUCUGGGUUUCAAUCCACUAGGACCCAAGGAUCACUUCUCUCAGGAGAUGGAAAUGGAUGAAGACCCUGAUCCAGAUCUGCAAAUCGGAACAUCGGGUCACCCUAUCAGCCUCUCUAGCAGUUCUCCAUACCAAGGAUCACCGUACCAAGGGCCCGACUCGUUUGCCGAAAGGUGGAACCAACAUGAAUGGGCAUUUACCCCUUCAUAUCACAACUCUCCUGCUCAACCUCCUUUGGAUGAGCCGCAUCUUCAAGCAGUUUCUCCACCACCUCUACCCGUUGAGGAACCACCUCAACAACCACCUCAACCACCUCCCGAGCCGCCGAGGCGAAGGAGGAAUGCACGAAUAUCCGACCCACAAUUGGGUGGACCCUCGCAUGCGGUGCCGGAAGACGAUCAUCCGCCGGUUUCUUAUGCACCACCGCCACCGCCAGUGGGUUUUGAAAACCCGAUACCGACUUACCCAUGUUCAUCUGGGUAUAACCUCUUUGAAUACCCAACUUCUGCGGGUUAUGGAACCCAAGAUCUAUACCUUACAGCAUCACAGUAUAAUGCACUUUACCCUUCAUCUUACCCUCCAGUUUACCCAAUUGGAUAUCCAGUGCAAGGGUAUCAAUACCCACCUUACCAGCAACCUCCUCCUCCCCAACAGGUGCAAACUGAAGAAAUUAUGCAGAGGUUGGACAGGUUUGAGCGAAAAGCAGAUGAAACAAACAAGAAGCAUAACAGCUUUCUCAAGGGCCUUGCGAGCCUCAUCAAAGGCAAAAAGAAGUAA